CCCAAUAAAGAACACAUUUACAGCUAAAGCUAAGGCAGAAGUAUUCAGGAAGGCACUCGUCACCACACAAGUUAUAAGACAAAUUCGAAAUUCAACAGCAAAGACAUUUUGGAGGGUCGAUGGUGGACGUGCUGAUGGGGACUGGAAAAGGAUUUUCUUCUCUGGGAUCAGACAUAAUGGGGAUGGCGCAAACAAAAGUACAUCGCAAGAAAAGGCAAGUGGCAAUUUUCAUUAUAUGGAUGCUUUUGUGGGAAGCCGGUUCAGAAUCGAUUCAAUAUUCUGUAUUGGAGGAGUCAGAAACUGGCACAUUUGUGGCCAAUUUGACAAAGGACCUGGGACUCAGGAGAGGAGAAUUGGCUGCACGGGGUGCCCAGGUUGUUUUCAAAGGGAACAGACAGUACUUGCAGCUUGACCCAAAGACCUAUGAUUUACGGCUAAAUGAGAAACUGGACCGGGAAGAGCUGUGCGGCUCCACUGAGCCAUGCGUGCUACCUUUCCAAGUGUUACUGGAAAAUCCCUUGCAGUUUUUUCAGGCUGCUUUACGAGUCACAGAUAUAAAUGACCACGCCCCAGAGUUCCCAGCCAGAGAAAUGCUACUAAAAAUAUCAGAAAUUACUGCACCAGGAAAGCUCUUUCCUUUGAAAAUGGCACAGGAUUUAGACGUGGGUAGCAACAGUCUUCAGAGCUACAUGAUCAGCUCCAAUCCUCAUUUCCACGUUCUCACUCGCAAUCGCAGCGAUGGCAGGAAGUUCCCGGAGCUGGUGCUAGACAAAGCCCUAGACCGCGAGGAGCAGCCCGAGUUUAGGCUUACCCUCACAGCGCUGGAUGGUGGGUCUCCGCCCCAGUCUGGGACCACGGAGAUUCAGAUCCUGGUCUUGGACAUCAAUGACAACGCUCCAGAGUUUGCUCAGGAGCUCUAUGAGACACAAAUCCCUGAAAACAAUUCCCUGGGCUCUCUGAUUAUCACCGUCUCAGCAAGAGAUUUAGAUGCAGGAUCCUUUGGGGAGGUAUCUUAUGCCCUAUUUCAGGUAGAUGACAUUAAUCAACCCUUCGAAAUAAACGCAAUUACAGGAGAAAUUCGACUGAGAAAGACUCUGGAUUUUGAGGAAUUUCAAUCUUAUCAUUUGGAUAUUGAGGCUACAGAUGGCGGGGGACUAUCAGGAAAAUGUUCUUUAGUCAUCAAGGUUCUGGACGUAAAUGACAACCCUCCUCAAUUGACCAUGUCCUCACUCCUUAGUCCCAUUCCUGAAAACCUGCCAGAAAUCAUAGUAGCAGUUUUCAGUGUGUCAGAUGCAGAUUCCGGACAAAAUCAACAGGUUAUUUGUUCUAUAGAUGACAAUAUGCCCUUUCUUCUAAGACCAUCAGUCGAAAACUUCUACACCUUAGUAACUGAAGGAGCGCUGGAUAGAGAGAGCCAGGCCGAGUACAACAUCACCAUCACCGUCACCGACCUGGGGACCCCCAGGCUGAAAACCCAGCACAACCUCACGGUAACGGUGUCCGACGUCAAUGACAACGCCCCGGCCUUCAGCCAGACGACCUACACCCUGCGCGUCCGCGAGAACAACAGCCCCGCCCUGCACAUCGGCAGCGUGAGCGCCACCGACAGAGACUCGGGCGCCAACGCCCAGGUCACCUACUCGCUGCUGCCGCCCCACGACCCGCAGCUGCCGCUGGGCUCGCUGGUGUCCAUCAACGCGGACAACGGGCAGCUGUUCGCGCUCAGGUCGCUGGAUUUCGAGGCGCUGCAGGCGUUCGAGUUCCGCGUGGGCGCGGCCGACCGCGGCUCGCCGGCGCUCAGCAGCCAGGCGCUGGUGCGCGUGCUGGUGGCGGACGCCAACGACAACGCGCCGUUCGUGCUGUACCCGCUGCAGAACGGCUCGGCGCCCUGCACCGAGCUGGUGCCGCGGGCGGCCGAGGCGGGCUACCUGGUGGCCAAGGUGGUGGCGGUGGACGGCGACUCGGGCCAGAACGCCUGGCUGUCGUACCAGCUGCUCAAGGCCACGGAGCCCGGGCUGUUCGGCGUGUGGGCGCACAACGGCGAGGUGCGCACGGCGCGGCCGCUGAGCGAGCGCGACGCGGUCAAGCACAGGCUGCUGGUGCUGGUCCGGGACCACGGCGAGCCGCCGCUGUCGGCCAGCGUCACGCUGCACGUGCUGCUGGUGGACGGCUUCUCGCAGCCCUACCUGCCGCUGCCGGACGCGGCGGCGGCCGAGGCCCGCGCCGACCCGCUCACCGUCUACCUGGUGGUGGCCUUGGCGUCCGUGUCGUCGCUCUUCCUGUUCUCGGUGCUGGUGUUCGUGGCGGUGCGGCUGUGCAGGAGGAGGCGGGCGGCGUCGGGGGGCGGCUGCUCGGUGCCCGAGGGUCCGUUUCCGGGCCACCUGGUGGACGUCAGCGGCGCGGGGACCCUGUCCCACAGCUACCAGUAUGAGGUGUGUCUGACGGGAGGCUCUGGGACCGGCGACUUCAAGUUCCUCAAGCCCAUCAUCCCCAACUUCCCUCCCCAGGGCACUGGAAAGGAAAUGGUGGAAAAUCCCACAGUUCGGGAUAGUUUCCUAUUCAGUUAAGUAUUGGAUUAUCCUAUUAAGCCCUACUUAAUAAGUUUGAAAAUCUCUUUUAACUUAGUUACAUGUUAUGAUAGUCAGUUCUUUAAUUAUUUUACUACACUUGAAGUUGAAAAAAAUCAGAUACUCGUUAUACACAGUGCUUUCCCUAUAUCAUGCUUAGUAGAUUUGUAUUACUGUCAACUAUAUUUGACAAUCUGAGUAAAAAGUAAAUUUUAUUUGCAUAAUUAAAAAAUUUUGAAAUUCAAUCAUCUAUUCAUUUUAGAAAAAUUGUAAUACAAAGCCCUUAAGUAAGACUGUGUAUCUAACUAUUGAUGACAACUGUCAGCACUAUUACUAUGAAGGGAAAUUCGUUUUUUUAAAAUUUUUUUUUAAUUUUUAAAAUAUUUUUAUUUAUUUAUCAGAGAGAGAGAGAGGGAAUGAGA